AUGGUUGCAGUAACUAAACUGAGGAUAAAGUUUGGUCCUGAAGGUUCUAUCAGAACUUUCCAAAAGUUUCCGGACAAUACGAAGAAAGUUGAGCAAUCAGUCGGUGAAGAUGUAUUUAACACUUCGAAUCUCUCGAAGAAGCGUGGACCUAAAGAGCUAGAGGAGGUUCAAGCAACGAAGAAGUUAAAGCUAGACCGUGGUUUGUCUAGUCAGUGUUUUGCACUGUUAAGGCUACUGAGGGAGCACCAGCUUGGAUGGCUCUUUAAUAAGCCUGUGGAUCCUGUUAAACUGAAGAUUCCUGAUUACUUCUCUGUAAUAUCGAAGCCGAUGGAUCUAGGCACAAUCAAAUCGAAGCUUUUGAAGAGCGCGUAUAGCAGUGCAGAUGAGUUUGCUGACGAUGUUCGGUUAACUUUUUCCAAUGCGAUGUUUUAUAAUCCUCCGGAAAAUUUGGUUCACAAGGUGGCAAAGGAGCUUAAUGAGAUAUUUGAGGUCAGAUGGGAAUCACUCAAGAAGAAAAAGAUUUCGGAAUUAUCCGGGAUUGAAGUCACAGAGGGUUCUAAAAGACAACCAUUUGAAGUCAAUUGUUCAAGACAGAGCAGCCUUGAAACACCUGCAUCGUCCGGGAGAUUCUCUGUGGAAUUGCCAGAACCAGUGAAAGGGAAGUCUGAAAAAGUUUCUCCUUUGUUAAAGCCAGUGAAAUUGCAGAGCAAAAAAGAUACUCCUGUUGUCACACCGAAAGCUUUACCAACGAAGUUGAGGAUUAAGAAACUCGAUGAGGGCCAUGGAGUCGGUUUGACUGUGAAAAUCCCAUUCAAAGAUUCAGCUCCAACUGAAGCCUGCAAAUGUGGUUCAUGUGGUAGGAUAACUUGCAUAUGCCUCAAGUCCUGUAACUCAUCCGGAAGUGAAGUUUCUUCAUUAACGGAUUGUCAGGUAAUGAACACCUCAAGUUCACAGGCGAGUGAGUCAGAGCUACUUUCAAAUGGGUCUAUAAGCUCAAAGAAUGAUAAAAUCGGUUGUGUAAGUUCUCAGCCUGAGAUACCUACGAAUAAUGAGUUGAAAACAAAACUUCCUGUUUUGCCGCCGUUACCACCUGAGAAGGCUCUUCGUGCUGCAAUACUGAAGGGUCAAUUUGCAGAGACCAUUCUGAGAGCUAAACACAGAAAAGUCCUUGAUCAGAGUAACAAAGCUGAUCUAAUUAGAAUACAGAUAGAAAAGGAACAGAUGGAAAAAACACUACGUGAAGAGAAAGCUAGAAUUGAAGCCGAGAUGAGAGAGGCUAAGAUUGCUACACGAAUGAGGGCAGUAAACGAAUUGAAACAACAACGUGAGAGACAACGGCUUGAACUAGAAAAGAUGAAAAAAACGUUCGACUUCGAAGCGAACAACUUCUUGAGAUUGGAAGCGGAUUUGGUCUAUCUCUGUGGUAGCUCGAAUCUGACAAGAAGUCGUUUGUUUGAAGAGUUGGGUCUGUUUUUAAGAGAUGAUGAUUCUCAGGAAGAGAUUAGUUUAGAAAUUUGUGAUGCUAUGAGAGUCAAUGAUCUUGAGGAAGGAGAGAUCCUUUAA